AUGCGACUGAGCGACCGACAGCUCAAGAAACAAAAGCAAAGCGAAACCUCGCCAACGACCGUGCAGACGCCACCUCCAUCAGGCAUUAUCGUUCCUCUGUACAUUUAUCCACUGUCGCCAACAACCUGGGAUCCACUCUAUGACUCCAUAUCCGCUAAUCCCGACGUGCAUUUUCUGGUCAUUGUCAAUCCCAACAGUGGACCGGGUGCCUCCCCAUUGCCCGAUGCCAACUACGUGCGUGAAGUCGCCCGAUUGAACCGCUAUGCGAACGUGGUCACCGUAGGUUACAUCGCCAUAGACUACUGCAAGAAGCCCCUCCCAGAAGCCUUGGAAGAGGUUCAGACGUAUGCCACCUGGGCUGAGGAUUACGUGAGAACUGGUCUGGGCGUGGGAGGGAUCUUUCUCGACGAGACCCCGAACCUCUCCUCGUCCGAAGCGGUCGAGUACCUGGCCAUCCUCCAAGAUCGCAUCAAAAGCACGCCGGGGCUUUUAGGUAAUCGAUUGAACCGCAUCACACAGCUCCCGGAAAAAGGCGAACCCGAUAUUGAUCAUCUUGAGGAUUUUCAGGUCAUUCAAAACCCAGGAACACCGCCAGACGCGCCCCUGGCUAAUAUAGGGCCCGAUCUGAUCCUGACUUGCGAGGAACCUUAUUCUCGCUAUCGGUCGAAUGAAGUCCAGCGUCGCCUUCGCCAGCUCCAUUAUGAUCGGACCCGAAGUGGAUAUGUGAUACACUCGGUACCACCGGAUGACCUGCGCCCAUUGGUGCUCGAACUACGUCAUCGAGCGGCGUACCUUUUUGUUACCGAGUUUUUCGGUGAGUUCUACGAGCGCUUUGGGCCGAAUAGCUGGCCUGCUAUGGUGGAGGCUUCCCAGUCGGAGGCUUGA